AUGGCCGACGCUGCCCGAAAAUUCCGUCGAACGCGCUCGGGCUGCCACCAAUGUCGCCGUCGCAAAGUCAAGUGCGACGAAGCCAAACCUGCAUGUGGAAAUUGCAUUCGUCGCCGCGAAAAGUGUGUGUACGGCGUCGCAGUACAGUUUAUGGAGGAUGAAUUGUACCAGAACACACCCAACACGUCGUCGGGCUCAGAGAGCGAGCCCCCACCCCCGGUCAGACACUUCAUCAACACGCUCUCCGCCGACUUUGUGCCCCAGCAGCGCCCUCGCGACGAACUCUUUGCCUCCAAGGAGGUUUCGGUGAACUCGCCCAGCGCACACCUCAACCGCCUGCUCGAGGUCCCGCUGGAGGUUCCGCAGAGAAACGCCGACCACCAGGCCUACUUUCUGCAUUACUUCGUCUACCGCUUCUCGGCUGUCUUCAGCCCGUGCUCCGUGGCCAGGGGCUCCAAUGGUACCGUUUCGGGCUCCACCCAGAACCUGGACCCCAAUCUGGUCCGACACUCACACAACGACACGUACGCCAUGCCACUUCAGCCAGAGGCAAUAUUGAAGCUGGCGCUGCCGGGAUCUGCCCUCCACUACGCCAUCAUGGCCGUGGCGGCCUGUAUGUUGGCGCGGGACGAGCCUCAUUGGAUUAUCGAGGCCAUCAAGUACAAGAGCGAGGCGCUGCGGCUACUGCAGCUAGAGCUGGACCGCCACCACGCACGCACCCAGCCCGCCACGCCGCCACACACAGUGCUGUUGACCAUGACACUGCUCUGCAUUUAUGAGAUUUCGGACGGGUGCGCCGAAAUAUGGACGGUGCACCUCAUCCCCGCAUGGAGGUACAUCAAUGAAGUGCCAUACGGGUCCCAGGACCCUGCGCUGCACAUGGGCAUUCAGUUUUUUGCAUAUCAGGACGUGAUGGGUCGCACCGCCUGCGGCUCGAAAGGGCUGUUUGACUCGAGUCUGUGGAACCGACAAUCGACCAAACACAAUGAGUGGAUGGGCUGCUCCGAGCAGCUCACCGCGUUGAUCGCCGACGCCGCCGACUUGUCUCGCGAGAAACGCCUGAGUCCGGACCUCGACAUUUUGGAUCUGUUUUCCAAAGCCCAGAAGCUGGAAAAUGAGAUUGGAAGCAUCAAGGGGGUGGAUUUGGCUUCCAUCAUUGAGUCGCCGGGACCUCUGUCGCCAGACAUGGCUCUUCACACCGUUGCGGAAAUGAAGGCUGUAGCUGCCCAGAUAUACCUACGGUGCUCGUUGUUGCGACAUGGCCCAGAGCACGACUACAUUCGUGGCAAGGUGCGUCUAGUGCUGGAGGCCGCCAAGUUUGUUCUGGGUCAUGGCUACCACUGGACCUGUCUUCAAUGGCCCCUAUUUGUGACUGCUUCGCAGCUCUCGCCGUUUGACGAGGACCUGGAGUCGCGCAAUCUGGGACGUGGAUUUAUUCUGCCUGCCUUUGAGGAGUUGGACCGCCAUACCCUGGGUAACUCAGCUCGGAUCAACGAGGCUCUCAUACGGAUUUGGAAGGUACGAGAUAUGGAGUGUGAGAGCCGGUUGAGAGACGGAGAAAGUGACUGGCACAAGUUUGUGGCGCCAGAGUGUCAUAAGCUGUCACUAGCAUGA